CAGCAGAAUAGAGGGCCUCCUCCUGGAAUUUCUAAACCUCAAAAUGCACCUGCUCCACCUCUACCACAACAAGCACAACUAGACAAGACAGCUAGAUUGGAAUCUAUGAUUGAAACUCUUCUUGUGAGCCAUCAAAGUCAACAAGAAAUGAUUUCUCAAUUAGCAUCUAAAGUGGAUCAAAUGGCAACACACAACAAGAUGUUAGAGAAUCAAAUAGCUCAACAAGCUAGCUCUUCAAAUAGCAAAGCUUUUGGGAAGCUUCCUAGCCAACCUGAGAAUCCAAGAGAGCAAUGCAAUGCUGUUACUUUAAGAAGUGGAAAGGUAAUGGGGGAAGAACACGAAAUUGAAGUAAAGUUGAAAGAAAAGAAAGAUGAGUGUGAGAGUGAAUCCACUUCAACUAAAGCUAAAGCUAGUAAGGAAGCAAAUGAAGAGAAAGAAGAUAAAAAGAAAAUAGAAGAGAAAUAUGUGCCUCCUGCACCAUACAAGCCACCAUUGCCCUUUCCUCAGAGGUUUCAUAAAGCACAAUUAGAUAAGCAGUUUGGGAAAUUCCUUGAAGUUUUGAAGAAGUUGUAUAUCAACAUUCCAUUCACCGAUGUCAUUUCUCAAAUGCCUUCUUAUGCUAAGUUUUUGAGGGAGAUUUUAUCAAAUAAAAGAAGGUUGGAAGAUUAUGAAACUGUUGCACUUACUGAGAAGUGCAGUGCUUUAUUGCAGAACAAGCUCCCACCAAAGCUGAAAGAUCCUGGAAGUUUUUCCAUACCAUGUCACAUUGGAGAAACAAGUAUUGAGAGAGCAUUAUGUGACUUGGGGGCUAGUGUUAGCUUGAUGCCACUUUCCAUAUGUGAGAAGUUAAAGAUUAGAGAUCUAAAGCCCACAACUAUUUCUUUGCAGUUAGCUGACAGGUCUAUAAAGUAUCCAGUUGGGAUUUUAGAGAAUGUACCAUUAAAAGUUGGAAAGUUUUUCAUUCCAGAGGAUUUUAUUGUACUAGAGAUGGAGGAGGAUGUAAGAACGCCCAUCAUACUUGGAAGGCCAUUUUUAGCCACUGCAGGAGCUAAUAUAGAUGUAAAGAAUGGGAAAUUGAAGUUGACAGUGGGGGAGGAGGAAAUAGAGUUUAAUUUAUUCCAAAAUUCCAAGGAACCAGCUGUGUUGAAUUCUUGUUAUAGGGUAGAUGUUAUAGAGCAUGAUGUCAAACCAAGGUUACUAAACUAG